AUGUCUGGCUUGCUGAGCUCCAGGACAAUCUGCACCUCCUGUACAGGUGCUCUUCAUGCAGUUGUGGCUGAAGCAACUGAAAAUGUAUUUAUUUUAUUUUUUUAAAUGAUAUUCAACAGAUUUCAACUAGAAAAAUCCCUUAUUGUAAACCCCCUGCAGUUAUUUGAAGCUGAGUGUAUCAGAAGAGAAGAGGAAUCCUUUCCAGCAUGAAAACAAAUACAGAGUGCUUGACUUUUGCUCCCACGGGCCGUGCAGACUGGGAAUGUGAUAGGCCGUCCAAUCCUCGCAGUCCAAUCCUCGCUGCCCUUUCAUUGCUGCAUUCAGGAAGUGCUGCUACAGCUGUCGAGCAUUAUAUGCAGUGGAGAAUGUGAGUACAGCCCCCUAACAUGCUCAUUGUGCAAGAAUAAAUCUGCAAAAUACAGGCUAAUUCCAAUCCACAGGGUAAAUCCAUCUGAAAGGAGCCCAUUUCAAAAAGGCCUUCAUCAUGGCAUCCACCUUAUACAAGGACAAAGCCUUUUGGCAUGUUGCUGCUGCCUGCACUGUGUGCUUGCUAAUAGUAAAUACAGGUAUGCUGGACAAUGUCUCCACAGAGUUGGGCUACAGUCACUACGCAGAAAAACCUGUCUCUUGGGUUCCGUCUUUUCUUGCCAUGCCUUGUAACUCACUUGUUAAUCUGGGAUAUAUACUGGUGGGUGGAUACUGGCGCUGCCAAGACAACAAAGCAUUGGGAAAAGAGGAGCAGACUAGGCAAUACAUGAAAAUGAUCUUUUCUUGGAUGGCAUCGAUAUAUGGCCCUGUCCAGUGGGCCAGGAUCUGGACUCAGUCCCACUACUUUGCUGUGCUGGAUCAGUGGUUUACGUUGCCUAUAUUCUCCUGGGCCUGCAUCUGGUGCAACGCCAUACUGGAAAACUGGAGCACGUGGCAUUUCCUCGCUAUAGAACUCCUCUCUUGCGCCAGUUAUUUCCUGAGCCUUCUGCAUCCCCUAGGCUUUGAAGUCGCUCUCGCUGUACAUAUCAUAUGGGCCUUUGUGUCCGGGCUGAGAGCCCAAAGCAAAUAUGGAGAUGCCUCAUCUAUAAAGUAUUUAACCCUUACUUUCACUUCCUGCCUUGGCUUUGUGGGCCUGAAACUACUCGAUCACUGGCUGGCACAAUAUUUUAUAUUUCAGAGGUUUACAGGUCACUUCUGGUCCAAAGUAUGUGAUAUUUUACAGUUCCAUUACGGAUUCUGCUUCCUGAAUCACUUAAGCCAGAAACAACAUUUCAGGAGAAAGAAAUGAGGACAUGACAGGCUGCCAGUUCCUCUCUUUUUUAGGUUUUGAUUUUAGGAAGUCUUCAGGACUUUGAGGCAGCAGACAAGGUGCCACUAUCCCUCAUCUCCCAUGCUUACCUCUGUUGCACUGCCGGGCUUUUGGCAUUGCCCAUAGGAUGCUGUGGCAUUGGUAGAGUAUGGCGGCAUGGUGAAGAACCUCAGGCUGGUGCAUUUUUGAAAAGAAGAUGCUUACUUCAGACCCCAGACUGACAUACAUCUUACUAACAACUUUGCACCCACAAGUGACAGUGUCCUUAAAAGGAGAACUAAAGCCUAACUAAAGAAGUAGCUAGAAAUGUUGUACAUUAUGUUUUGUGCUUCUGUACCAG